ACCUGCGGCCUUAAAACCUUCCCUUCUUCCGCCUUGUCUCCAGUGUUGUUCUGAGGCGACGUUAUGACAGUUUCUCCGCCAUAGGCGCGUGAGGGGUUCGAAGGGAGCGCCGGGAGGGAACGCCGCCAUGUCUUUGCCGGGCUCGCCGUCGUCUCUGGGCUCGCGCUGGGCGCCGACCCACGUCCAGGUGACGGUGCUGCAGGCGCGGGGCCUGCGGGCCAAGGCCAAGGGCGGCCAGGGCAGCGACGCCUACGCCGUGAUGGCGCUGGGCAAGGAGAAGUUCGCCACCUCGGUGGCCGAGCGCUGUUCGGGCGCGCCCGCCUGGCGGGAGGAGGCCACCUUCGAGCUGCCUCCGCCGCCGCGACAGCGAGGAGGAGGCCUGGGCCUGGGCCACGACGAAGGGGACGCCCCGCUCGCCACUCUCCAGCUCACCGUCUUCCACCGCGCCCUGCUCGGCCUCGACAAGUUCCUGGGCCGCGCCGAGAUCAGCCUGGCCGAGCUGCAGGCCGAGGGGGGCCGGCACGCCAAGCGAUGGUACAAGCUUCACUCCAAACCAGGAAAGAAGGAAAAAGAGCGAGGUGAGAUUGAGGUGGAUAUCCAAUUCAUGAGGAGCAACAUGACAGCCAGCAUGUUUGAUCUCUCCAUGAAGGACAAGUCUCGAAAUCCAUUUGGCAAGCUAAAAGACAAACUGAAGGGGAAGCGUGGCAAUGGACUACCAGACACAGCUUCAGCAAUUAUUCCUAGCAUUAGUCGCUCUCCAGCCGACAGUGAGGAAGAAUCAAAUGAGAAAGAAAAGAAAAAAUCUAAGUUCAAGACACUUUUCACCAAGCCGGGCUUGCAGAAGAAUACUCUCUCCCAGUCUAUGUCUGUGCUCCCCACUCUUCAGCCAGUGUCAGAAAAACGUCGACUUAAUCCCAGUGACUUCCAGUCCAAGUGGGAUGAUGAUGAUGACGACAAAACGUUGACCCCAGUUUCAGACAAACCUUCUAGAACUGAAGAUAAUUUACUUUCUUUACCAUCUGAAACAUCUCACAAGAGAACAGGUAGCGGAGAUAGUAAGCAAUUAAACCAGAUGUCCGGUAGCAACACCAAAAAGGAUUCCCAUUCUCGGUUUGGUGGCCUGAAAUCCAAAAAUGAUCCAGCUUCCCGAUCCAAUGUGUGUAUCAAUGGCAGCCAUGUUUACAUGGAAACUAAAAGUGAUACGCUCCCAAAAGACAACAUUCCAUCUUCCCCUUCCUCUCAAGCAUUUCAGCGGAAGCGUCUCUUUCUCUCUCAGGAGAAUUUGGCUUCUGAAGUCACUAAAGAACCUGAAGCCAUUGGAAGAUUGCCCCCUGACAAGGUCCCACCUGGAUCUUCCUCACUGGAAUCAUUUAAAGCUAUGACUCUGCCAUCAUACAAACUGCUUAGUGGUGGGGAUUUGCUUGAAAGCCACACUCCCACUCCGGUUAUCUCAGACACUCCAAAAGAAACCAAAGAGAACAAAAAGCAGGAGAACAAGAAACCCAGCUUGCUGUCUCUGGUGACAGGAAAAAAGGAAACUAAAAUCAACGAAGAGGGGGAAGAGAGCUCUGAUAACUCUCUGAAGGCGAAGGGAGUAAAACAUAAUGAGAAAGAAGUAAAACAUAAUGAGAAAGAACUGCUAAAGAAAGAGACAAAUCCUUUUGAAGUCCCUGUGGAUCACAGAAAAGGACAUGGCCCAGAGAAGAGCAGUGGCACAGAUGUCCCAAAUACAAAGGCAUCUCUGAACCCUUUUAAUGUGGAAGAGGAGCAACCAGAAAAAAGUUCAUUUGCUGUGAAACCAUCUCAGACCAAGCCAGUCAAGCCCAGACUGGGCGUGUCUUCAGAGGAUGAAACCAAAGCCACUUUCACUCUCCCUGUCUCUCCUUCUGCUUCUUCAUUCUAUCCUUCCUAUAGAUCUCAUAGUGAGAACAACCCUUUUACCUUUAAAGAGGAAGCUGAACAGAAAAGUCAGGCUUCUGAAAGAUUUGCUAGUUUAGCAAAUCUUUCUAUACAGCAUUACAGUAAUCCUUUCACCCCAACAUGGGAAGAACAAUCCAAAGAACAAGACUCAAAUUCGUCUGCAGUGACUUCUCUGCACCAUAUUUCUCCUGUUUCUGGGAAGGAAAACAACCCCUUUUCUCCUCAUUGGGGGCUAGAAUCCCAGGCAGAGGGGCCUGAAAAUGUUAUUAAGCCCUCCUUGGAUUUCCAACAUCUUCCUGUAACUCCUGUUUUUGAACCUCAACCUUUUUCUUCUCAACCUUCUAAUAUAAAUGACCCUCUGAUAUCUGAAGAGGGGAAAGACUCUGAAAGUUUGAAGAGUGCUUCUACUUCUUUUGCUUCUACCUCUCUAAGUCCAAAGCUUUCUGAUUCCAUGAUGCUUCAUGUUGUGCCUUCAGAGAAGUCUCAGAAUAAAGGUGUGAGUAAUCAAACAGAUCCUGGAUCUGUCUCUAUCUCUGCAUGUUCUUAUGAUCAAGUUGAAAUGAUAGCAGAGACUCAAGCUGAUGAAAAUGUACACAUAGUGCCUCCAUUUGAAGAAAACAAUGGAAGAAUGAAGAAGUCGGUGACCUUUGUCCUCAGUAAGCCAAAAGAUAAUGAAGUAGUGAGUAGUAGUGAUGAAGACGUUUUGGGAGAAGAUCAAGUUGAGAUGUGGUCUGAUAAUGAAAAUAAUAUGCUAAAAUCUGUUGAAAGGGACAGAAGACAGAGACUUGAACUGGAUGUAGAGCCUAGCUCUGCUUCUGUGUCCCAUGAUGAAAAAAUGCAUUCUGUUCAUAAUAGCAAGAAAGCUUCCGCUGAUGAAGCUGAAUCUGGUUCCUUACUUGAAAUUGAACCACCAGUUCCAGUUCCAAGGGUCCAUGUGCCUUUGCCAAAGGAAACAACUACAUCUAGUAGCAGUUGUCCCCCCACGCCUCCAAAGCCAGCACCAAGGAGUGCUCUGAAACAAAGAAAUGCAGCACUUCCUCAAACCAGUGUUUCAGGAGCAGGUGAUGUGUCUGUUUUUAAAGAAUUGUCUUCAGAUAGUUCAGUCUCCAGUGGAAAGUUAGCUGACGCCAGUUCUUUAACAACUUCAGACUCAACUAUAUUUCCGUUUACAGAAGAUGUUAGCAAUACAGAUCCUUCUGAAAGCAUUAAUAAUCAGCCUAACCAUGUAAUAAGCACACAAACUUGUAUUGCAGUUACUGGAGAGCUGAAUUUAAAAUCCUCUGCCCUUCCUGUUAUUCCAGAAGUAGGAUCAGAUGAUGAACAGCUGAAUGAUGAUCACAAGAGCACUGAAAAAAUGAGCUCUCGUGGAGACUUGCCAAGGAGUGGAAAUGAUUUCAGAGAGAGAGAACCAGCAUCAGUUCGAAAAGCUACUGAUGACAAACAAACUCUAUCUGUUCUAGUGAAAGUGAAUAGAUUUGACAGCGCUUUAAAGCAUGAAGACUUAUCGGCCAGUCCUUCAGGAGUAAUACAGGGUACAAGAGGAUUGGAGGAGAAGAAUAGUGAAAUAAUUAAGGAAAAGAGUAAAAAUAAUUGUCCUUUUUCUGAUAAGGCUGUUUCUCUUUCUAAUUCUUCUUUCCAUUCUGAUGGUCUUGGCUGUAAUAAUGCAGAAUCUCUGAAAACAGCUACGACAGAAGGCUUGGAUGCCAAAGUGGAGCCCUCUGGCCAGAAGAAGCUGCUUCAGGCAUGGGUUUCACCCUCUGAAACACAUCCCAUUCAAACUCCUCAGAGUGGUGGAUCAUAUCCUCCCAAGCUAAGACUUCAGCCUGUAAAGCCAAUGAAUACUACACCAAGCAAACCACCAGCAAAAACUUCGAACAUAGCUACUAAGAUUAUGGAUAACCAGAAUGAAGCUAAUCUAAAGAAGAAGUAUGACUCUUCCGAUCCUGCCUACGCUUACGCUCAGUUGACACAUGAUGAGCUGAUCCAGCUGGUUUUAAAGCAGAAGGAUUUGAUUGCCAAGCGAGAUCUCCAGGUGCGGGAAUUGGAAAACUACAUAGAUGACUUGCUUGUCAAAGUCAUGGAAGAAACACCUAACAUUCUUCGGGUUCAAGCUUUCACAAACAAGAAAGCUGGAAAGAUAUGAAAUGGCCGUACUUACUGGCAGAGGAUUUUUAUUUGCUCCAAGGAGAAUAUGUUCUUUAAAUAAUGAUUGCUUGUACCAAAAAUUGGGUUGUCUGUCUCUUAAGUUAAUGAAUGACUAGCUUUAUUUUGGAGACUGGUUAAUAUCUUCUUGUAGUCCAAAGUGACAUUGAUAUUACACAAACAAAAACAGCCUCAUACAUUUUAGCACACUUGUUAUAUAUUUUGCUGCUCUAUCAAGGUUAAAGGCCUUUGAUUAUAUGGAAGGAGGUGUGAGGCAAUUUUCAGCUGUGAAUUGGUCUGCAAGUGGGACAUUGUAAUCGUCUUUUUAAAUUCGGUACUUUGGUAGUUUUCAAACCCAAGCAUUUGACUUGACUUCUUUUUAAGGGCAUUUUAAGUAUUGGUGUAAUAUAAGUGUUCAUAUUCUUAUUAAGAUGUUGGAUAAACUUAUGUCAUCACAAAGUGCCUUGUUUUGAUGAGAGUUAAAUCAACUGAAGUCAUUGAACUUUCUGCUGCACUACUUCAGUGAUUUGUUUAAAGCAUAUCUGUGCUGUUAAUUUCUAAUUAAUUUGUUCCAGUGGUUUCCCCUGCUCUUCACCAGGGAGGGCUUCAGUAGCUCUACAGUUGGUCUGAUAUGGGGCUGUGUGCUUUGGCUGCCACAGAAGGAAAAAGGAAAUAUUAUCCUUUGCAGUGGCCAAGAAUACACACAUGUAAGGCUUAGGCUAACUUAGGUCUGCAU